UUUCUGUUUGCGAAACAUUGAAAAACAGAAUAAAUAUUAAUGACUGUAAUAAUAAUAAUAAUAAUCAAUUGACGGUUGUUGAGAAGAAAAAGAAAGUUUGUUCUUCUCUUCUUUUUCUACUUAUUUUCCUGGGAUUUAUUUUUCUGAUGUCAACACUGUGGAUAAUAUUACAAGAAGUUGAUAAUCGGCCACAAAAAUAUUGUAAGGACAUAGUUGGUUUGAUGACAUUAAGAAAAAAGGAAAAUAUUUCAAAGAGUAUUAAACGUUAUAAAAGAGAUUUUUAUAAUAAUGUACAAGUGAGAUAUUGUCAACGUUUUAAUGUUGGUUGUAAAAUUAUUUAUUCGGAAAUAUUAACGAUAGCCAAUAAAUGGUUACAAAUAAAUUCAAAUACAUAUUAUUCAAAUAAUGCAAUGAAAAUGAAAUUAAAAUAUUUUAUUGAAGAAUUACGUGAAUGGCAAUAUGAAAAAAAUUCGGCUAUUAAAUUUUGUGUAUUAUGCGAGGAUAUUAAGAGGGCAAAUAAUAGAAAUUCAAUGCAUUCGAAUUUAAUGCCAAAAAGUUAUUUAAAUACGGCAAUACCAAUACCAAUUCCCGACGAUUUUGACAUUGAAAAUGUUAUUUUGUAGAAAUAGUUUCAUUUUUUUUAAAGAUUGUUUUUAUUUAAAUUUCUAUUGUUUUUUUUAAAUAUUUUUUUAUUUUACUUUUUAAAAUGAAAAUAAUUUGAAUUAUUUA